AUGCCACAGGAGAAUGCGAAAGACACGGCGGAGAAAGAGAAAGUGAUGCGGUCGCGGCGGGGAACGGUCGACACGGAGCUGAGUGCGCUCCAGAAUUCUCUGGACAUGGACGACGCGCCGUACAGAGCGCGCCUUUAUCAGCUGUUCGGACUCAUCGAGAAGGAGUUCGACGGUUUGUAUGCGGAGAAUGUCGCAUGUCGGUUCAAUCUCACUUUUAGUUUCCCCUUGACCCAAUUCCAGUUUCAGUGCGUGCUCGAAUCGUUCAAUUGACACAAACUGAAGGCGAAGUGGCGAAUGUGGUUGCGCAGGAAGUGUUCGGAGCCCAGGAAUCGGCCAAAUCCGGUCGGAAGGCCAUACAAAUGGGCCAGAAACUCCGGACGGCUCUCCGUGGACCACCCGUCUUCCGCGAUGGUUCCAAGUUCCGACUGAGCCGACUGCUCGAAGGGCACAAGGACGGAGUGUGGCACGUGGCUGCAGAUUCGGCGAGAAACGUUUGUGCAAGUGCGAGUGCCGACCAGACCGCCCGCGUGUGGUCGCUGGAGAACGGCUCCUGUCUGGCCACCUACCUCGGACACACCGGAAGCGUCAACUGCGUCGCAAUUUCCACAAACUGCGCGAUAGAAACAUCAGACGGAUCCGGCCCGGCUGCUGGACUUUUACUGGCAACUGCGAGUGGAGACGAAUCGACGCACAUUUGGAGAGUUCCGAGCAACAACGCCCCGCUGGAGCACAGUUCGGAGGAAGAAGAAGAGCAUCACGGAGGGGGCGGCGAUCCGAACAACCUGCUCGGACUGGAGCAUAAUAGAUUCUCAUCGACGAACGAGAAAUCGGACGGGCACCGAGUACGUGUCCCUGUGAUGAGACUGACCGGGCACCGGGCGCCCGUUAGUUGUUGUGAAUGGUUGGCUGGAGGACAGCAAAUGGUGACUGCUUCAUGGGACAGAACUGCCAAUGUUUGGGAUGUCGAGAAGGGAGAAGUCGUCAACAUUCUGAGUGGUAAGCAAAUGGCUUCACUGUGUUCGCAUAGUAGUUUCUUUGGUAAUUUCAGGCCAUGAAAGCGAGCUGAUUCACUGUGCAACGCAUUCGAACCACAAGCUCGUGCUCACUUCUUCCAAAGACUCGACGUUUCGUCUCUGGGACUUCCGCGAGUCGAUACAGUCCGUGGCGGUGUUCCAGGGGCACCAGGACUCGGUGACUUCAGUCAGCUUUAACACCGACUACCGCAUCGUCUCCUCGAGCGACGACGCCACCGUCAAGAUUUGGGAUCUCCGGAACAUGCGUACUCCGCUCGCCACAAUCCGUCUCUCUUCUCCAGCCAAUCGCGUGGCAGUCAGUAAAACACACGCAGUCAUUGCCGUCCCGAUGGAUAAUCGCCACGUCAGAGUGUACGAUCUCAAUGGAAAUCGCCUUCCGCGAAUGCCGAAUCGCCGGUGCCACGAGCGAAUGGUCACGUGCUGUGCUUGGCUCGACGAGCAUCCGGCCAACAACCUGCUUACUGCCGGAUUCGAUCGAAUGGUUGCCGCGUGGAAGGUGAACACUUCCACCUCAUAA